AUGCCAAAGCAAAAUGUUCGAAUGACUAUGGUGGAUUUUUCUAAUUCUUUUUUUCAUAUUAGUGAUAAUAAUGAAGAUCAAAAUGAGAUUCGGAAAUGGGAAUUGUUGUUGAAAAAGAAAUUUUCAUUGCAACAAGAAGGAAAGAAGAAGUGGUUAUUGAAUCGAGAAUUACAAUAUGAACAUUUCUUUCCCAUCGAGUUCAUGAAUGACAAGCAAUUUGUAUUAAAUCACAUCAAAAAAUAUGGUCAUGGAUUACGAUUUGCAUUUGUAAAGCUGAAACAAGACAAAGAGUUUGUAUUACAAGUGAUUCAAUUGAAUGGACUUGAAUUAUCUCAAUCCUUUUUUCGCAAAGACAAAGAAAUGGUAUUAAUAGCUACGAAGAAAGAUGGGCGUCCAUUUGUAUGUGCAUCAGAGGAACUUAAAAAUGACAAGAACUUUGUGUUGGAAGCCAUUCGAUUGAAUGAAAAAUGUCUAUGUUAUGCUUCCCAAGCAUUAAAGCAAGACAAGGAAUUCGUAUUUGAAGCAAUCAAACAAAAUAGGAAAGCACUUAGAUGGAUUUCUGUGUUUGGAUUUGCCUCUCGUGAAUUGAGAAAUGACAGAGAAAUUACACUUCAAGCUAUCAAACAAGAUGGCUCAGCAUUAAUACAUGCUUCGACAGAGCUGAAGGGAAUUAAAUCGGUGGUACUGACUGCUGUGAAUCAAAUAGGAUGGUUACUUGAAUAUGCCUCAGCUGAGUUGAAAAAUGAUCGAGAAUUUGUUUUGUCAGCUGUUAGACAAACUAGUUCAGCUCUUCGCUAUGCUGAUGAAAUGCUGAAAAGAGAUCAAGAAUUUGUAUUCGAAGCAGUCAAACAAAACAGUGAUGCUUUUGAAUAUGCUUCUCAGGAACUUUUUAAUGACAAGGAAUUCUUAUUGAAACUGGCAAAGCUUGGAUGUCGAAAUGUUGUAAUAUGUAUUCCAAAAGACAGAGAAUUUGUGUUAAGAAUUGUCAAACUUAAUGGUCUCUGUUGUUGGAUCAUAUGGCUCAUCAUUCCUCAAUGA